CAAACUGUCCCUGCACUAUAACAGAGUUACCAGUGACAGAGCUGUAAAAUUUCUGCAGUCGCUGAAGUACUCGUACACGAAACAGGAGCUGCUCGAGUCGGAACUUGCUGUUCUAAAGACUCUGCACUUCCAGGUCAACAUCUCAACUCCUUUGGCUUACGUGGAAUUGCUCCUGGAGGUCCUGGGGUACAAUGGCUGCUUGCUUCCCACCAAGCCCUUACAUCAGAUGUGUAUUCAGCUCCUCGACUUCUCCUACCUUGCACGAGAUGCCAUCUACACCACUUUGCUGAAGGUCGCCAUCGGCAGCUCCUCACCAAGCAAACUGCAAGUAGCAAAGUUUUUGACAGUGAAGGAAGAUUUCAUGCUCUUGGCUGUUGGAAUCAUCAGCACAAGCAUGUUCGUACUAAACCCUGGGCACUGGGAGCAGGUUGUGGAGCAUUUGAGCUCUGUCACUGGCAUCACUCUACAAAGCAUACUGGAAUUUUCUUACGCGGUGCUGAAACACAUCAUUGGCAGCAGCACUCCGAAGCAGCACUACAGGAGCUGUGGAACAAAAGCUCUGGAGCACAGAAUUGGGCCUCUGCAGUAG